AUGCAAGGCUAUUCAUUUGCGCCCCCGUCGGGGCCUCCCCGAGAAGGCCAGAAAAAUUAUGUGUUUGUGGAUGAACAUAAUCGGCAUAAAAGAUUAAAAGUAAUGCGAGCAUGUAAUGGUUGUCGGAAAAGAAAGAUCAAAUGUGAUGCAGCUACGACAAAUACAUGGCCUUGUUCGGCUUGUACACGCCUAAAACUGGUUUGUGUUCCUCCUACCAUCGGCCAAGAUGGUGAUUUUGGCCCAGAUGGGGUAGAUCCAAGUGAGGCUGGGAACCUCUCGGGUGGCCCGGAGUCGUCCCAUCAGUCGUUUCCGGCUCCUCCUUCCUUUAGGGACGGCAACCAACACCCCAUGGGGGGUGUGUCUCAUUACGAUGGAAUGAACAUGUACUCUCAAUAUGUUCAGACCCCUCAGAAUCAACCAGGAAUAUAUAACGAGAUACGAUCAUCACCGAUGGUGAUGCCACAUCAAUCUUACUCGCAGCCCUCAGUGUAUAGUGAGCCGCAGUCUUCAUCAUUGGCUUCAGCUGAUCGGGCGGUAUAUGUCGACAAUGACUCGUCCCAUGCGGAGAAUUUGAGCGAGGUGCUUGGAGAACUGAAAAUUGACGAGACGGGCAUCGCCCCCUAUAUAAGACGACAGCGGACAGAUCGUGUGGAGCCGGAUGCUCCGGUGCAAGAUGAAGUGGAGGAUAGAUUACCACCUCUCAGCACUGGCGCAGGAGCUACAAUCCGAAUUCCACCUGAAUUGAUGCCCUCCGACGAGAGCGUCAUGGAAUAUUUCAGAAUCUACUUUGAUGAAAUUCACCCCUACCUGCCUAUUAUAUCUCGCGCCCAUCUAUAUUAUCAGUGGCAAAAUGACCGUCGCUCCAUUUCCCCUCUUCUCCUCGAAGCUCUCUUUGCAUGUUCAGGACGUUUAUCCGACGAACCGUCCGAGGGCGCCCAGUGGCUUGCUUUGGCAAAUAGACACGAAUCAAGCUUUAUGGACGUUCCUCGCUUGAGUACUAUACAAGCUAUGCUCCUUCUUCUCAAAGCCAGGGAGUCUUUGCCCAAGAAGGGCUAUUAUUAUCGGUCUUGGCAAACAGUCAAGACAAUUGUCGCAAUGGCUAAAGACUUGGACAUUCACGAACACUAUAGUACCCAUGCCGAAGGAAGACCAUGUGAUCUGAGCCCAAUUGAAUGUCUGGUACAUACCAGAGUAUGGCAGGCGCUCUUGCUCAUCGAGGUGAUGAUUGGAGCUCCACAAGGCCGCUCUGACUAUGGUGUCGAUCCGGAAACGGUGGAAAUGCGCCCAACUCUAGAUAUAAGAGGUUUAGAUGCGUUUGAGACUGAUCGCUCUCGGCAAUAUGCAUACUUUGUUCGCAACGCGCAUCAUAUCCGCAUUAUGACAGAUACUUACCACAAGAUCAAGAAACAAAAGGACUGGGGCGCUGAUCCCCGAUUCGUGCAGAAGAACCCAUUAUUCGCAGAUUGGCUCCGCAGUCUUCCUCCAGAUCUACAAGUCAAUUACCCAUCCGAUGGUUCUCCCCCGUGGCUGCCUUCUCAUUUUAUUGGCAACAUGCAUUCUCACUGUCAUCUUGGCAUCAUAUUACUGCACCGCCCACAACUCUUGGCAUCUCAGUCCUUUGCAGCAGAUGGGGACUGGAAAAUACAUUUCUCACUAUGUUAUUCCUCUGCCAAGAGCCUCUGUCGAUUACAGGAGGCUAUCCUUGAAAGGUUUGGAUUACCAGGACUACUCUAUAUGCAACGCGGUAUCAAUUUUGCCAUUUACUGUAUCCUCACUUGCACCAUGCUACACUUGAUCGCAAUAACCUCUCCAGACCCCGAAUUUCACUCCGACGCCCGGGAAUACUUCGUUCGCCACAUGCGUAUUCUGGAGCGAUGCUCUACUGCAUGGCCCAUGGCGGAAAUCCAGGCCCAAAUAGAUUCUUUGAGGCUGGCUUUCUCUGCUGAUACCACUCGUCCGUUUGAGCUGAAGCAAAGCUUUCCAUAUGGCAGUCCCUCGGAUGGCGGCUACCACCCCAGUCCGCCUAUGGAUGCGCAUUAUCAUCCACACCUUAAUCAGGUGACCAGCAGUGUUCAAUCCAGAGUGGGUUUCAGCGCACAUCCCAUCACCCCUCCGAUUUCCACUGGUGCUGAAGACUCGAAGUCCGACACAUCCUCUCAGUUACAGUCCCUUGGAAUGAUUUCCCAUCCACCGUCGUCUGCCCAUACUCUAGAUGCACCGUUGGUUGAUGAAAAUAGCUGGGAUCCUACACGUAUCAUGAAUCAAUGGGACAUGGCAUUUUCCGCCAAUCCCUCCACCGUCUCUAACUCUCCUCCGAUGCCCAUGAGCAACCCAGCACAGCCCAUGUCAAACAUGGUCAAUCAUCAAUACCCAAUACAGUACGACUCUAAGGUCGCCAUCCCACCUACCCAGCCUGUUUCACCGCCACAGUUCCAGAAUCUUCCAGCUAUAUUUAGCGCACGGGACUGGCAACAAAGUGUGGCAAGCGUGUACGAUCCGCAAGGUUUGAAGCGACGAUGGAAUUACGCAACAGACUUAGCCACCGACGGCAUGAAAAAGAGACGAGGAUAG